AUGGAGCACCCAGCUCUGCCCCGAAGGAAGCCUCUGCCACAUGUCAGGGCACUGGGAGUGAAGCCAGGCAAGCCCCAGCGCCCUCCUGAUGUGGAUUUGGCAAAGUUCAGAGCAGCUGCACAUCCUAGGACGUCCAUCUGUCCUGCCACAGAACCACCAAGGAGUGCUCAGCUGGGUCACCUGCAACCAGGCUGUGCUGCACCAGUGCCUGCACGGGUCCCACUGCAGGAUGCUCCGAGUGCCACGGGGGAUGAAGAUGAGAUAUACGAUGAUGUUGAGUCUGUUGAGCUGGCCAGGAGAAGCCCAGGCCUCCUGCUGCCUUCUGUGUCCCAGCUGUCUGUGUGUCCCUGCCCCAGAGGAGGUGGAAAUGCUGGCCGAGCCUCUAACAGGGUUACCUUGCUGGCAGCUACGCAGAGAGAAUCCCAGGUCUCCCAAAAGAUGAAGACCAUGACACUCAAGGCAUGCAAGAAGGAAGAGAAGAUGGACAGGGAGUUUCAGAAGAAAUUCAAGUUCGAAGGCAGCAUCAAAGUCCUGACUCAGAUGAUGGUCGACCCUGCAGCGACAGAGAAGAGGGGCGGAGCGAAGAACCUGCCACUGAGACCGGGAGAAAUCCUUGAUGUCAUUCAGUUCACAAAUCAGGAGCAAAUCCUCUGCCGGAACAGCCAGAGGAGGUAUGGCUACGUGCCCCGGGCCGUGAUGCUGCCUCUGGACACUGACAUCUAUGAUGACGUUGAGAUUUAUGGCUGAGCCAACCACGCUGAGGCCAAAGGCACAGGACAGCACCACAGAGACCCCAAGGGCUGAAACACGAAGAGCACCAGACACCAGGCUCCUUUUGGGAAGGAGUUCUGCUUCCUCUGAGACUGCAAAACCACCGUGUCCCUGCCAGAACAGAACAGUAGCAUGGCUGCUCAGCCCCUGGGGAUGCACAGAUCCUGUCCCAUGGGGCAGGGGGCCCCAGAUCCUCAAGUCACACCAUCACUGUAGCUCUGUUUGGUCUGUGUAAAAUAUAGCCAUGGUUCAACAGGG